GCCUAUUCUCUAGUCCCGCCAUCCUGGGCUGCUGCUGCCGGAGUAGAAAAUCUGAGACGUGGCUCCGGGGCGAGGAGCCAUGUUGGACUUUGCUAUCUUCGCCGUGACCUUCUUGCUGGCGUUGGUGGGAGCAGUGCUCUACCUUUACCCGGCUUCCAGACAAGCUGCAGGGAUUCCAGGUAUUGCUCCGACUGAAGAAAAAGAUGGCAAUCUUCCAGAUAUCAUGACCAGCGGAAGUUUGCAUGAGUUCCUGGUUAAUCUGCAUGAGAAAUAUGGACCUGUGGUCUCUUUCUGGUUUGGCAGGCGCCUUGUGGUUAGCUUGGGCACUGUUGAGGUACUGAAACAACAUAUUAACCCUAACAGGACAUCGGACCCUUUUGGAACUGUGCUGCAGUCAUUGCUGAGGCACCAGUCGGGUGGUGGGACUGCAGACAAGCACCACCUGAGGGAGAAGCUGUGUGACCACGGUGUAAGGGAGGCUCUGCAGAAUGGCUUUGGGCUCCUGCAAAAGCUUUCAGAAGAAUUAUUAGACAAUUGGCUCACCUACCCGGAGACCCAGCAUGUCCCCCUGAGUCAGCAUAUGCUUGGUUUUGCCAUGAAGUCUGUUACACAGGUAGUAAUGGGUAGUGCAUUUGAAGAUGACCAGGAAAUUGUUCAGUUCCAGAAGAAUCAUGGCACAGUUUGGUCUGAGAUUGGAAAAGGCUUUCUAGAUGGGUCACUUGAUAAAAGUGCAACUCGGAAGAAGCAAUAUGAAGAUGCACUUACACAUUUGGAAGCUAUUUUAAAGAAAAUCAUAAAAGAACGAAAAGAAAAGAGCUUCAGUCAACAUAUUUUCAUUGACUCCUUAGUACAGGGAAACCUUAAUGACCAACAGAUCCUAGAAGACAGUAUGGUAUUUUCUCUGGCUGGUUGCAUAAUAACUGCAAAAUUGUGUACCUGGGCAGUCUGUUUUUUAACCACUUGUGAAGAAGUUCAAAAAAAGCUGUAUGAAGAGAUAGACCAGGUUUUGGGGAAGAGUCCUAUUACACCAGAGAAAAUUGAGCAGCUCAGCUACCUAAUUCGACUUAUUUCCUUUCAGACCCUGGUCCUUUAUGCCCUUGGCGUGGUACUUCAGGAUCCAAAUACUUGGCCCUCACCGUACAAAUUUGAUCCCGAUCGCUUUGAUGAUGACUCAGUAAUGAAAACGUUCUCCUUGCUUGGAUUUUCAGGCACACAGGAAUGUCCAGAGUUGAGAUUUGCAUAUAUGGUGGCCACAGUCCUUCUGAGUGUGUUGGUAAGAAGACUCUACCUCCUUCCUGUAGAGGGUCAGGUUGUGGAAACAAAGUAUGAACUGGUUACCUCCACAAAGGAGGAAGCCUGGAUCACUGUCUCAAAGAGAAGUUAAAAUUGUAUAUAUUUAAAAGUUUUGUUAAGUAGACUGAAGAAAAUGACAAUUUGGAAAACACAGGGUGGAUCUUUUUAUAAACCAAGUACCAUUUUAUAAUGUAAAUGCUUAUUGUUACUUUAAGUUUAACUUUUAUAUCUUAGAUUUUCUUAAUGUAUGAAAUGCACUUAUACUUAUUUGCACUAAUUGAUACUUUCAGUAGGGAACUUAAUUUUCUAAUUUUAAUUUUUUAUCAUUUUGUAAGCCAUUAUUUUUAUCUUUUUCUUAGUUUGAUCUCUAAAAUGAAU